AUGGUUAUAAUAAAUAAAAACUUGAUCAUAAUUAUAUUUGUUCAAAUUUUAUUUGUAAUAAAUGUUUUGUCACAAAAUGUAGAAUUUUUGUAUUUUGAUCAAUCUGAUAGAAACAUAGACUUUGAUAAGAAUUUAGUUCCUGAUAACACUUUCACCUUUCAAUCCAAUACUUUUCCAGUAUGGGGUCCAUUUGGAUUGGGUUUAGAUUAUUCACUAGGUAGUCAACCAACAUUAGAUGAUACAAAUACUUAUGAAUUGAUACAUAAUCAAACCACUUUAAUAUCAUGGAUUACAGAAGAAGAUCCUCUGGUAAAUUACCCUGGGCAUGGUAAUAUGUAUUUUGAUGGCCAUUAUUUUGGCAGUCCCAGUUUUUUCCCAAUUGACUAUGCGGGAUUUGGUAAUGAAGGAUUGGAUCAUAAUUAUAAAUGGUGUAUUCGUUUUGAUUUCUUUACAAUUAUCCCCACAAUACAUCAAUCAACCUUUGUUUCUAUUAGUCACUCUGAUGAUUUAUUCGUUUAUGUUAAUGGAAGACCUGUAUCUGAAUAUCUUGGAAUUGUAGAAUACAGAGAUGUUGGAUUUCUACUAACAGAUUUUGGUGGGGGUGGUGAGCCAAUCCAAACUUCAAUCAUUAAUUGUAAUAGAAAAUAUAGACCAAACAUUCAUUAUUUUGAAAUUAAAUCAGAGUAUCCACUAAAUUGUGAUUAUUUUGAUGAUUGUGGUGUUUGUUAUGGUGAUGGUUCAUCAUGUAGAUGUUUUGAAGGUAGUCCACAGUGUCCAACUGAUGAAUAUUUUUGUGAAAAAGGUAUAUGUAUUGAUGAAUUUAAUUGUCAACAUAAUGAAUUCAAUUGUACAGAAGAGUAUCCUGGAAAUUUAUGUGUUUCUCAAGAGUGUCAUCUUUAUCAAGGUUGUGUUUCAACUGAUAUUUCAUGUGAUGAUUCUAAUCCCUGCACAAUAGAUGAAUGUGAUCCUCCUGUUGGGUGCGUAAAUACUUUUAUUCCAAAUUGUAUUCCAUGUGAUAGUUCAGCUUGUAUUUCAUCAAACCCAUGUGAAAUUCAAGAGUGUGAUCCUUUUCUUCUAGGCCUUUGUAUAGUUAAACCUGUUAAUUGUACUCAUAUUAACCCUUGUAUAGUUGGACAAUGUGAUAUAUCAAAUGGACAAUGUGUUUAUUCUGAAAUUAUUGAUUGUGGUAGUUCUUCAAUUGAAAACUCAAGUAAUCAAGAAAGUUCUAGUGAUAUUGAUAUAACAACUGCUUCAACUUUGGGCUCAACAAUUGCUUCAACAAUAGGUUCAACUAUUGGUUUGACUUCAACAACAACCACAACAACAACAUCGCAAACAACAGGAACACCAACAACACCACCACAAACAGUUAGUGAAAUCCCAAUUUCAUUAGCAUCAACAAUAUCCACAAGCCCAGUAUCUGAUGAAGGAACAAUUGCUUCAACAAUAGCAACUACCCUUGCUUCAACUAUAGCUUCAACAUUUGGCUCAACCAUAUCUUUGACAGCUGUAUCUACUGAUGUUUCCUCGACACUAAUUUCAACCAUUUCAUCAACUUUAUCUUCAACAUUAGCAACAACUUUAUCUUCAACUCUAUCCUCAACUUUGUCUUCAACAUCAGGAGUAACAACAUCAUCACUACCAUAUGAUAAAUGCUAUAAUAAAAAAUGUGGAAAAGGAGAAGGUUGUUAUAAUUUUGAAAAUAAUGCCAUUUGUCUCAAAACAAAUUGUCUAUCAUGUUAUGAUUUAAAUUGUCAAUCACAAGGUCUAAAAUGUGUAUCAUUUAAACUUGAAAAAAGUCCAAAAGAUUUAUGCAAUGAUUGCUGCGAAUAUGCUGCAACUUGUUCUCAUUAA